AAAAUAAGCCAUUAGAUGGCCACCUUCAGUCUCCGAAGGCUGUUAUGCCAUAAUGUGGACUCCGAUAUGGCUGUGUAUGUUUUCCGUGAUUGAAAUGUGUUUUUACGGUUCCAACGCUCAAAGCUCUGUGUGCAAACCUGGAGACCUCAACGGCAACUGUACGGGCAAAGAUAACCUCGUCCAUGGCCUAUUGUCUUCCGGCUGCGUAGCGCACUACUUCCGUCUAUACGUGACUCGCCGCAUCCCGCCUCGUAACUACCUAUACUUCCAUGAGGUUCUCCAGGGAGAGGAGGAUGCGAGGAACUUCAACCCACUUACACCGCCUAAAUUCAGGAUCGUCGGAGGUAAAAGUAUUGACAUAAAGGAUGCCCCGUACCAAGUGCUUUAUGGGGAAUAUUGUGGUGGAACCCUGAUUGCACCGGAGUGGGUUCUCACCGCGGCUCAUUGUAGAGAGAAAGAAACCUUCGUCCUAGUCGGGUCCACCUUCCGAAGCCUAGCAGUCCGCUACAACAUCUGCGCUCACUUCACACAUCCACUUUGGUCCAUGAACAGUAAACUGCAUCCUCAUGAUUGGGACUUCCAGCUCGUGUUGCUGGAGAAGCCAGUGCCUACCACGCCCAUGUCAAGACCUAUUGCUAUAGGGAGGCUGACUGAUGUGGUGCCUGGUGCCUUAGUGGCAGUCAGCGGGUGGGGACAUACACAAUAUAAGAAAAGCGCAAUGCAAGACCAUUUACGUCGUGUCUACGUACCGAUCAUACCUGACGAAAUCUGCAAGAUACUGCCGAAUGUGAACUAUCACAACAUUACGGAUCGUAUGUUCUGCGCAGGAUUCCUUAACGGCACUAAGGACUCAUGUCAGGGUGACUCUGGCGGACCAGUCAUAUACAACGGAAAACUGAUAGGCCUGGUCUCAUUUGGAGUGGGCUGCGCGUUACCAGACCAGCCUGGUGUAUACAGCCGAAUACCGUACGUCAGGGAUUGGAUACGUGAGGUUACGGGCCUACCACUAUAAUUCACCGGUAUCGAUACCAGAGCAGACUUUACACCGGUACUAUUUCUGGUAUCAUCUAAUCUAACAACGUUCUAUAACAAUUGUCAAAAUAGCUAACUUGUUUAUUUUAAAUUAAUCAAAAUGAAUAAGAAUUAGUAAUAUGAUACCGGUAUCGAUACCAGAGCAGGCUUGAUACCGAUGUUUCUGGAAUCUGUAUGUAUCAAUGUAUUAAAUCUGGCAUUUUUAAAGUGCUUCCUGAAUUCUACACUGAAAUAAAAUGAUGUUUAAUUUAAUUAAAAAAUACAUCCCGAAUAUCACAUUCACAAAAAAUUAACACAUAUAAUACAGGUUUUGAGAAGCUGUAAAAGUACGCAAUGUAACAUAUUUAUUUUUUAAGUUCACGAAAAUAAAUAAUUAUUAAUGA